AUGUCCAGGAACUCAUACCCCAAGAACGGGAUCUCAGAAGCACUGCACACACCUAUCUUCCAGGUCUCCAGGGGGACAACCUCCAGAAGAAGUAGGUUGAAGAGAUCAGACGGAAGCACAACUUCCACCAGCUUCAUCCUGAGACAGGGAUCAGCAGAUUCUUACACAAGCAGACCAUCUGAUUCUGAUGUAUCUCUGGAAGAGGACAGAGAAGCAAUCCGUCAAGAGAGGGAACAGCAAGCCGCAGUACAACUUGAGAGAGCAAAGACUAAGCCGGUGGCAUUCGCUGUAAAGACAAAUGUGAGUUACUGCGGAGCACUUGAUGAAGAUGUUCCAGUACCAAGCACUGCCAUUUCUUUCGAUGCCAAGGACUUUUUACACAUUAAAGAGAAAUAUAACAAUGACUGGUGGAUAGGGAGGCUGGUAAAAGAAGGUUGUGAUAUUGGUUUUAUACCCAGCCCUCUGAGAUUAGAGAAUAUCCGAAUUCAGCAGGAGCAGAAGAGAGGACGAUUUCACGGAGGUAAAUCAAGUGGGAACUCUUCUACUAGUCUUGGAGAAAUGGUAUCUGGGACUUUUCGAGCAACCCCUCCAUCUGCUGCUAAACAGAAGCAAAAAGUGACUGAACAUGUCCCUCCUUAUGAUGUUGUACCAUCCAUGCGGCCUGUUGUCUUAGUUGGACCUUCACUAAAAGGCUAUGAGGUGACAGACAUGAUGCAGAAAGCACUUUUUGACUUCCUGAAGCACAGGUUUGAUGGGAGGAUAUCAAUCACUAGAGUUACAGCAGAUAUUUCUCUCGCCAAGAGAUCAGUGUUGAAUAAUCCAAGCAAGAGGGCAAUAAUUGAACGUUCAAACACCAGGUCCAGUUUAGCUGAAGUACAAAGUGAAAUAGAAAGAAUCUUUGAGUUGGCGCGGUCUUUACAGCUUGUUAUUUUAGAUGCAGAUACCAUUAAUCAUCCAGCACAACUAAUCAAGACGUCAUUAGCACCAAUAAUUGUACAUGUCAAAGUGUCAUCUCCAAAGGUUUUACAACGGCUUAUUAAAUCCAGAGGAAAAUCCCAAAGCAAACACCUAAAUGUUCAAUUAGUAGCUGCUGAUAAGCUUGCUCAGUGCCCACCAGAAAUGUUUGAUAUAAUUCUGGAUGAAAAUCAGUUAGAAGACGCAUGUGAACACUUGGCAGAAUACCUGGAAGCUUAUUGGCGGGCAACUCAUACCACAAGCAGCACCCCAAUGACUCCCCUUCUAGGACGAAACCUGGGAUCCACUGCACUUACAUCAUAUCCAACAGCAAUCACAGGAUUACAGAGCCAACGUAUGAGACAUAAUAAUCAUUCUACUGAAAACUCACCAAUCGAAAGAAGAAGUUUAAUGACCUCUGAUGAGAAUUAUCACAAUGAAAGAGCUCGGAAGAGUAAGAACCGAUUGUCUUCCAGUUCCCAACACAGUCGUGAUCAUUAUCCACUUGUGGAAGAAGAAUUCUCUGACUCGUAUCAGGACACUUAUAAGCCUCACAGGAAUCGUGGAUCACCUGGAGGAUACAGCCAUGAUUCCAGGCACAGGCUUUGA